AUGGUAUAUUUGUUUCUUGAUAAGUUCGAAAGUGAAAAAAAUAUUGAUAUGAGUUGUAAUUCUGGUCUAUCUUUGCACAAGGAUGGUGAAAUGGUCGUAACUAAUAUGAACUUUUUCCAAAAUUUUCGCUUAAAAAAAUCAAAGAGAUAUCGGAGUGCUUUUACUACGGAGCAAAUUAAUUACUUAGAAAACGAAUUUAGAAAGUUUCCAUAUAUUGGAAACACAAAUCGAAAAGAAGUUGCUAAUAUUUUAGAUAUUUCGGAAAGAGCCGUCAAAAUAUGGUUUCAGAAUAGACGGAUGAAAGAGAAGAGAGAAGUCAAUGGUAAUAAGGAAUCGCAUAUAGAAGACAAAAACAGUAUUUAUAAUUAUUCUAGGGACCUGUUAAACAAUAGUAAUGUGCAAGCUAAUAUUGAUUGUGGUUUUAAUAAUUCAUUGCCAUCGAAUCAAAGGGGUAAAUCAAAAGAAUCAACUAUAAAAGACCUAAAGUCUAUUACACCACCAAAAAUUAAAUGUGAGACCACAAAAUUGCUAGCAGAACCUCUAAAGAUUAUUCAUAAAACUACACAUUUUAACGAAGGGUUUACAAAUCAAGAAAGGAAUGCUCUUCCUUGUCACAAUAAAAAAGAAACUGAAGUUGCGCAAGAUCUAACAACGAGAAGUAAAAGAAUGAAAGAUCAUCAGCAAUUUGAUCUAGUUAAUUCUAACAUUGACCAAAGAUUUAUGCCAUUUUAUACGCAAGGAUAUUAUGCACCUACGCAAUUAACAGCUACAUCAACAUUGAAUACUGGUAAUAUCAUUUGGAAGCCCGUCAACGUGAUGCCGAUGCCGAUACCGGGUUUAGCGACAUGUCCACCAUUUUCAGCCACACAUAACUGCUCUGGAAUCUCCUCUAACAAUCAAGACGUUUCAAAAGGUACUUGCAACUGUCACGGUCCGCAUUGGUUUAACACACGAUCACAAUGUGUCGCUAGCACGCAGCCGCAAUAUAUAUUUGCGAUUCCGUUUAGUAAUACAGCCAAUAAAAUCUGA